UAUACUGCCUAUCCCCCCAGAUACUCUUGACAAGUUAAGUGUCGUACCUUCACACAAAUCAUCUCUAAGAUUUCCGAGUAUUUUUAUUGUUACCGUUUAAGCUAGAUAGCCCCUAUCAAAUCUCCAACCCUCUUCCCCUCUAGCUAAGCAAGCAUACAAAUGCACAGCGUCUUAACAGACAUGAUACCAACAACAAGCCCACCGAGCCUGCAAGAGUCAGCUCUUGAUGAUACGCCAACGAAUUUGAACAGGCCCCAAGAGCAAUGGAAUAAGAGAACAAGAUUCUUGCGACUUGUACGCCUAAUAUUAUCUAUGGUUUUUUUGUUUGUAAAAUCCGUCCUUGAUUAUGGAGGGUAUGCUUUUUCUUUUGGAGAUGUCCAAAUGAUUUUUAUGUGGUUCAGUGUCUGGGUUGGCAUCUUCUGGGACUUGAUCAGUCAGCUUUUUGCAUUUGGCCUGUCGCUCAGAACACCACUUGGGAUUGUUACGAUGCUGGAACUACUCCUCAUCACAAUACAUUUUUGCUCGUUCGGCAUCUGUAUAUUCAACGCCAUCGCACCUUUGAGAAGAGAUGUACAGUAUUAUUACAAGCCAAAUAUUGUGUACGUUUUACUUUGGAUACCGAUCUUACCUACCAAUGUGCUUUUGACUCGCCGCUAUAUCCUUGCUUAUUUGCCGCGAUGGCGUAUUGCACGAAACUUACCCAAGACCAAACCACGCAUUGUAUUCACCAAGGCUGGGACCCCUGUGGCGGUACACCCGAAAUACACUGAUGUUGAUGCGCUAGUUCCUGGGAGGCUCUCUGUUGAUUCAUUGAUACACAAUGUCGAGGAUGAAAAUGCGGGCAUGAGAUAACACUGGCUUGCAGUACUGGGUGGCUGUUUGGCACCCGGUAGGACGAUAUGGGUCAAUGUUGUUUGGGUUAAUAGGCUUGUUUCUUCCAUAGCUUGACGUACUUUGAUACUCACACAUACCUAGGUUAGUAUCUUACAUAGGUAGUUUCGGAUCUUUCCCCAAGAACCUCCUAAUAGAAAAGAGCUUCUACAACUAGCACCUUUCAAUCACAAUAGAAAGAA